ACAUAUUUAGGCCUAUAAAUGACCAUACUGUAGGCGGCUGCAGGUAAGGAAGGCGGGCACAUACGUGUCCAAAAAAAUGUGAGUGGAGAUAGUGAGCAGGUAACAGUACAGUCUCUUCCUGACAGGGACGACUUCAGUCGCGUUGAGUAACUCCUCUUCAUGGACGGCUCUGGUCUACUGGUGCUGAAGGAGACGAGUAGUCCCACCAUGGAAACACAGACAGACACACAAAGGCCCAACAACGGCCAGUUGAUUUUUGUUCCUCACAAGGAUACAAUCCGUCUGCUGGAGGUGUACGUCAAGCGCAGCCUCAGCGUAAAUGAUGGGACACAGGGGGAUAAGAGGGCUGGGAGGAAAGAAAAGUGGGUGACAAUGCCAAUAAAGCUAAGACGACAUUCCAGUGACCCUUCCCUCCACUUGGCCGAUGGAUUAAACGACAAGACAAUUGGUACAUUUUCUGCGGUGGAACUUACUGCAGCUUUGCCUGAGAAAUGUCCUGAGGAAGCAGAGAAGCCCACCAAGAAAUCAAAGAAGAACAAGAAGCCCUCCCUUUGGAAAAGUUUCCUGGGUAUUUUCUCUCGGAAGACUGAUGAGGAGAUAGAUGAUGUGCAGGACAGUCCAUUAGAGGUGGCCAAGGCCUCCUCAGCAGAAGACACUGUGACAACCUGCCUGCCCAUAACUCCAGACAUUUCACUAAGAAGGAAGGCCACGAGGAAAAAAUCCAUAAAAAGAAGGUUCUCCAAAAGGCGCAUAUCUCUUACAAAACCAAAUAAACCGGGUAAAGAUCUCCACCCUGCUGACAUCACUCGGGUUGAAGCUGUUGUGAGCGUGGAACCGACAGAAUAUUACUAUGAGAAGGUGUCAGAGGAACUAGAAAAAAUUGUUCACGAGGUCCAAGGAAAAGAGGACGUUCAACUUCUCUCUGAUGAGGAAGUUAUCGACAGGAUCAUUAAUUUAACAAAGGUGGAGGGUGAUGCCAUAGAUGUCAAGCUGAAAGACAACCCCACCCUGAACAGCUUCUUUCAAGGGAUGUCAUACUCUUCAUUCCAGAAGUUGGCUGAUGCGUAUCUGGAGACAGAAGCAUCGCCGACCCACAAUCCUCCCAGUGUCCUACCGACAGCACCUGAGCUGGUCAAGUUGGCCUUCACGCUGGACUUUACUGCACGGAUAGCCGGGCUCUCCAAACAGAAUAUAGGACACAUUACUGGCCUGGGGCACCGUUAUCUACAGGACCGAUUUAAAUACCAACAGGCAUGUUCAAAUCAUCCAGGGUCCAACAGUGAUGUCUGAGAGGCUGCCAUUCAAAAACAAAACUGUUGCUGCAAGUGACGUGAACUUCUCUCAGGAUGUGUUGCAAGCAUGAGUUUCCUCUUUUGAGAUCCCAGUAGGGUACCUCACCCAACAAGUUUUAAGCUAAAGAACUGUCGCCAUUAACAUUUGAGUGUUUCCUCUCAAAGUGUUGACUGAUGUCCCUUACAUGUAAGAUCACAGUCCUAAAACAUGAUGCAAUAUUUUAGACUCACAAAUGGCUGAUUCCACAAAAACACUAAUAAUGUGAUGCUUUUUUUCUUUGGUACAAAUCCACCACUGAUUUCUAUACCUCCUGUGUAUUGAUUUGUAACUAUACAAAGGAGCAAUGCAAUGACUUGUGAUGUAUAUAAGCUAUAAGACACCACUGUGCAAUAGCAAACUUAAAAAAAUAUCUAUAUAUUUCUAGGAUUUUAAAAUGUCAAGCUUUGUUUAAUAGAACCUAUUUGAAAUGUGACAUGAAUGCUGGCAUUCAUAUUACAUAUUUAAAAGAUGAUUUAAUGCUCAAAUUUGUUUUUUUUGUUAUAUUUAAGACACAUACAUUUCUGUCAGGCUAUACUCUUUGGCAAUUGAAGUUACGUCUCUUGAACUGUGCAAUAAAUAGAGCAAUGCAAAAUCAAGGCUUGCUAAAACAGGCCC